AUGGCUCUGGUUCUGCAUUCCUCUGAGAACAAAAAUGCAUUCAAGGCACUUAUUGCAGCAGCGUACACUGGUGUAAAAGUUGAAUUGUCGAAGAAUUUUCAGAUGGGCGUGACGAAUAAAACCCCAGAAUUCAUCAAGAAGAAUCCGAUUGGGAAGAUUCCUGUGCUCGAAACACCCGAUGGAUGUAUUUUCGAGAGCAAUGCAAUUGCACGCUAUGUGGCUCGAUCAAAUCCUGAUAGCACCUUAUAUGGGUCUUCGUUGAUUGAUUUCGGUCACAUUGAGCAGUGGAUCGAUUUUUCUGCUACUGAGAUUGAUGCUAACAUAGCAUCCUGGUUGUACCCAAGGCUUGGAUUUCGUCAAUAUAUUGCCCCGGCUGAGGAGGUUUCAAUUGCUAAUCUAAAGAGGGCUUUGGGAGCUUUAAACGCUCACCUUGCUUCAAACACUUACUUGGUUGGGCACAGUGUCACGCUUGCAGACAUUGUUAUGGUCUGCAAUCUUGCUUAUGGAUUUAAGGUGGGCCUGACCAAGAGCUUCACCUCUGAGUUCCCUCAUGUGGAGAGGUAUGUCUGGACAUUGGUCAACCAGCCCAACUUCAAGAAGGUAUGGGGUGAUGUCAAGCAGGCUGAGUUGGUCCCGCCCGUUGCGUCCAAGAAGCCGGCCCAAGCCAAGGAGGCUGCAAAGCCCAAAGCGAAAGAGGAGCCAAAGAAGGAGGCUAAGCCCAAAGAGGUGGCAGCAGAGGAAGAGGAGGCACCUAAGCCGAAGGCUAAGAACCCAUUGGAUCUGUUGCCUCCGAGCAAGAUGAUUCUCGAUGAGUGGAAGAGGCUUUACUCUAACACUAAGACCAAUUUCCGUGAGGUUGCAAUCAAAGGAUUCUGGGACAUGUAUGAUCCUGAAGGAUACUCUCUUUGGUUCUGUGACUACAAAUACAAUGAUGAAAAUACGGUCUCGUUUGUCACCCUAAACAAAGUGAGCGGCUUCCUGCAGAGAAUGGACCUUGCCCGAAAGUACGCUUUCGGAAAGAUGCUCAUCAUUGGCUCUGAGGCUCCUUACAAGGUCAAGGGGCUUUGGCUCUUCCGAGGGACCGAAAUCCCCCAGUUUGUACUGGACGAGUGCUAUGACAUGGAGCUCUAUGAUUGGGCCAAGGUGGACAUCAAUGACGAGGCCCAAAAGGAGCGGGUCAGCCAGAUGAUUGAGGAUGCUGAGCCCUUUGAAGGUGAGGCCUUGUUGGAUGCCAAGUGCUUCAAGUAA